AUGGUUAAAAUUCACGUUCCCCCGCUGGACAGCCCGUCCAAGCAACUCAUGCUCGACCUCACGCGAGACCUAGAACAAGUCAAACUCUUCGACAUAGAACUCAAGAAGGUGCAUGCCUACGAGCGGAAAGUCUUCUACGAGAACCUCGACCGCAUUGACCGCGAACGGGAAGCAGUCCAUACCGCAGCUCUUGAUGAGGCUGCGGCCUUCCAUGACCAAGUUCGCGAGGAAGCGGAGGAAAUUUUAAGAGAGCAUAACCGUGCCGAGGAAGAGGAGCGCCGUCGCAAGGAGGAGGAAGCUCGCAAGGAACGAGAGCGCAUUGAACGCGAAAAAGCAGAGAAGCUUAGACGCGAACAGGAAGAGGCGGCGCGUAUUGAGGCUGCGCGCGAGGCCGAGCGCAAGGCUAAGGAGGAGCAAGAGAAAAAAGCCCAGGAGAAUGCCGAGCGAGCGCGGCGGGCCGCGCAAGAACAGAGGGAGCGGGAAGAGCGUGAGCGGCGGGAGAAGUUAGAGGCUGAGAAACGUGCAAAGGAAGAAGAGGCCAGGCAAACCCAGGAAGCGGAAGAGGAGAAGGCCCGCAGCCAACGGCAACAAAAGGUUGGUAUCAGCCGUCUUACUCCCGAAGAGAUCAACAUUCAAGAGCGGUAUGUUGCGCUACACAAAACCUUGAAAGAAAUGCGUACGUGGUUACGGGAUUUCGGCAAGAAAGAGCCGGCCAUCAAGCAGGCAAUGGGUGAUAUGCGACGUUCAAUCAAGAAGUCGGUGGGCCAGCUGCGAGAUGGAAAGGGCACCAACAAACAGCAGACACAACAAAUCCGUGCUGAGCUAGAAAAGGCUCUGAAGAUUGCAGAACCCUCUGUGGACAUCCGCCAAUUUUUGGCUUUUCCUCCAGAAGAAAUCGCCAGCUCAGAGAACAAAGUUCCUGCCCUACUCAUCUAUGGUCUCAACAUAUUCGCCAAGUGUCUGAUCUCCGCUCUUGUCACUGAAGCCUCCAUCCAACCCGCGCAUGCCGAACCCGUGGGCAUUCUCGCUGCUCAGAUCUUCUCAACAGAAACAUUUAUGUACAAAGGAGUCCAUAUGUCAGAUAUAAUGUGGGCCAAGUAUCGUGUGGUCUGUCCGGCUCUUUGGGGCUUUACUGGUCGUGAAGAUACAGAGUCUGGCCGACGUGCCAUUGGCUGGUGGCGAACUGAAUCUGGAGGUCCAUUCGUCACCGAGCAAACACACUUGGAUCGGAUGACAGCCCUCGGGGCCGGGUUUGCAGCACUGACUUUGCGAAAUUUUGGCAAGACUACACGGCGAAAUCCCUUCCCCAACACCAUGUUCUGGCACUCUCUACAGAAGAUCCUUUCGCUUCCCCCCUCAGAAAUCUUGGAUACCCAGGUUACCAUCCUACAGUCCAUGCUUCGAAACUCCGGGGAUCGAAUCCUGGGCUUUUUCGGGCAGAUUGGCCUUGUUCUCGUUCGCAAGGCUGUUGUUGACCUGCCCCCAACUCUCAACCGCACCACAAUGCCUGUGAACCAGCUGAAAUUGGUAAAAGAGCUCUACUACCGGGAACAUAACAUUCUUCUGUGA